GAGAAACCUGAACGCCUCAGGAGGGAAGUCGCCCAUUUGAACGGCUGCCCUCCAGAGAGCAGUAUGCCUGCUUCCCCAGCUAGCUUCCUCCUCAUCUUUCUCCUCUGCCAGCUCACAGGACCCGCAGCCUCUGGAGCCCAGAAGGAGCUGGUUGGUGCCGUUGGUGGGUGUGUGAUUUUCCCUCUGACACACUCACAAGAUCGGAUUGACAGCGUUAUCUGGUUCUUUGAAGGUAUUACUCUUGGCACCGUACAGCCAACAACGACAAACAAUCCAGACACUGUCAUAGUGACUAAAGGUCAUAACAAGAAAAGGGUAUACUUCUUGCCCGGGAACUACUCCCUGAAGCUCAGCGAACUGAGCAAGAAUGACUCGGGUGCCUACUCAGUCCAAAUACACAGCUCGUCCCUCCAGGAGCCCAUCACCCAGGAGUACGGGCUGCGGGUCUAUGAGCACCUAUCAAAGCCCAAAAUCACCUCGGGUCUGCAGAACAAUAAAAAUGGCACCUGUGUGACCAAUCUGACAUGCUUCGUGGAACGGGGAGGAGAGGAUGUGACUUACAGCUGGAAGUCCUUGGGGAAGACCUCCAAUGAGUCCCAUAAUGGUUCCAUCCUCCCCAUAACCUGGAUGCUGGAGGAAAAGGACAUGAGCUUCAUCUGCGUGGCCAGGAACCCCGUUAGCAGCAACUCUUCAAACCCCGUCUUUGCCCGGAAGCUCUGUGAAGGUGUUGCUGGUAACCUAGAUGUCACCAUGUACCUGUGGAUUCCCUUGCUGCUCAUUGUCCUCGUACUGGUGUUAAUUAUUUUGACGAUAUGGAGACAAAGAGGAAAAGAGUCCAUUGAAGAGAAGAGAAUGGACACUCAUCCGGAAAUUCUUAACUGCUAUCCCCCUUCUGGAGAGACCUCAGAGUAUGAUACAAUCUCUAACCCAAAUACAACUAUUCCAGAGGAAAAUUCAAUAAAUUCUCUUUAUUCCACAGUGCAAAUACCCCAAAAGAUGGAGAAACCUCACUCACUGCCCACGUCGCCAGACAAAUCAACGCUCUUUAUCUAUGAGAAAGUCAUCUAAACAGCACUGCGCUCCCUCCUGUGUCAUCACAAAGAAAGCAAACGAAUUCACUGACACAACCAGAAAGACUGAGGAAGAACAAAGAACACUGAGUUCCUUCCUGGAAAACUAUCCUUUUGAAUUAGCUAAUCUAUAAUAAUAAGGCAUAAUAUGUUAAUUAGACCGGACAGCCCAACGACCUUCUGGACAAAGCCGUGGCAGCAAGGGCUGAGGCAGAGAAGGUUAGGGGCGAUCGGGCAUGCAGGCGAGUAGUUAAGGGUGAUCAGGCAGACAGGAAGAGUGGUUAGGGGUGAUGAGGCAGGUAUGCAGGCGAGCGGUUAGGAGCCAGCGAUCCCAGAUUGUGAAAGGGUGCAGGCCGGGCUGAGGGGCCCCUCCCUCCCACCCCCCGUGCACAAAUUUUGUGCACCGGGCCUCUAGUUGUUAAUAACAGGAAAGGAGCAAAGGGGAGGCCAAAUAUUACGGGAAUGUCAUUUGGGCAGUUUCACCAGAACGCUAAAGCUUUGCACUCUCUAGGGAGCCACCGGUCUAUUCCCGCAGAUUGGACAGAGAGGAGAAUAGACACAUGCCCAGUCAACUGAGAGUGACAAAAGGAAAAUGCUUGCUGUCAGUCACACCUCAGACUAGACCACUGGCCAGAAUAGGUGUGGCCACUGCAAGGGCUUGAAACUUGGGAUAUUUAUUCCCCUGAACAAAGACGUUCGCUCUCUUGGUUGCUCUUGACUCCUGGCUUGUGGGGCUCCCUCGCUCCUGCUUCCUGCAUUUGCCAUGGCCAUGUGGACCCCACACACAAUGGACUAAUGGACUGUCACUAGCCUGAUGCUGAGCGGGACCCAGCUGCAAUAUGGACAGAAACCCUGCACCCCAGUUCUGAUUUAGCUUCACUGAAACUCCAGCUACACGUCCUCGAGGAAGGGAGGGGGACCUCAGAAGCCCAGGGAAGUCUCCUCAAACCCAGAAGAUGUAAUUAUGUCUUCCUGGAUAUGUGACUGUGAAUUUGUCAGCCAAACCCAAGCAAGGAGCUUGAAGUGUCUCUGCUGAAAUACAAGUGCAGUGUCACACAAAGGAAUAAUGGCUUCACCCCAGGGCUUGGAGGUUGGGAAUAGUUCAAGGGUCUGGUUGUCAAGAGGCAAACAUGUACGAAGAGCAGAAGCAGACAUAGCAGCCGGAAACAGAUUCAUUAACUAACUCCUUAACUGCGUGCCUGGCGCUGUGCUGAGCUUACACUGGUUUUGGCCAGUCAUGCCCUCUUCUCUCUUGCAAUUGGCCCCUCAUGAACUAUUUUGGUGGCAGUCCCAGGAGGCCUGGCCACCGAUUCCCAACACCCAGGACGUCAGCCCCGGGUCCACAGGACGUGGGGGUCAAAGUGCACAAGGACAGAGAAGCCAGGUUUCACUGGAUGGAAACUCAGAAGCGUGCCCGGAGGAGGCGGAGAAAAGGGAACCCUCGUGCACUGCUGGCGGGAAUGCAGACUGGUGCAGCCACUGUGGAGAACGGUGCCAAGUUUCCUCAAAAAGUAAAAAAUGGAACUGCCUUUUGACCCAAUGAUCCCACUUCUGGGAAUAUAGUGUUUCACAAAACACUAAUGCGAAACAUUAUGGACAAAAAGGGCCACGUGCUAAACUUGACAAGCUCUGGGGAGGCCUCAGAGACCGAGAGUAACCACAGAGGAUGGUCUCAAAUUAAAACUUUUGGACUGAAAGCAGUUUAUGGCAGGUGGCCAUGCCCUAACGCUAGACUCUCCCCUGACAAAGGCCAGUCUUCACCUUAACGAAGACUGUUGUCUUUUUGCAUCUGGAAUAACAUACCUGAUAAACAUCCCUUCGCAGAAACAAAGUAAUUUCCCUUUGUCCGGACCCCUCAAAGCUCAGGCACCGCAGACAGAGCCAGAGAUCACCAGCAACCCGCUUCGGUUUGCUUUUUUGGUGGUGAUGGAUAAAGCAGAGUGCUGAACUGCCAUUUUCUGGAGCAUUUUCUCGGUCUGUCGAGGCUUUGCUUUCCAGCAAUCAUUGUCAGCUUGGCUCAAAUAAACUCAUCAAAAUUCUCUACAGUUUUGAAUGUUUCUUAUGCUGACAGAAUAUAUGCACUCCUAUGUUCACAGCAGCAUUAUUUACAAUAGCCAAGAUUUGAAAACAGCCCAAGUGCCCAUUAGUAGAUGAGUGGAUAAAAAAGUAGAUGAUCGGUACAUUUACAUAAUGGAGUACUAUUCGACCAUAAAAAAGGGAGAUCUGACCUUUUGCAACAGCAGGGAUGGGCCUGGAUUAUUAUGCUAAGGGCAAUAAGCCAGUCAGAGAAAGAGAAAGACCGUAUGAUCUCAUUUAUCAGUGGAAUCUAAUAGGCAAAAUAAAUGGAUGCACAACAUGCAAACAGAGGCACUGAAGCAUGGAACAGACUGACUUAUCUUCCCCCAGGCCUAUCACCCUGGAAUGUGAAAAGAGACUCUUCCCGCCCACCUUUCUGAUGCUCCUAGUAAUUUUGCAAGAGGGGACCCCUGCCCUGGCCCCUCACUGGCGUGCCAGGCCUGAUUCUCAUCCUGGUGCCGGUGGUUGAAGCCCAGGAGAGCCAGGACUCAUCAGGGAACGUUUACAGAUGAGUCCUGACCACCCCACUGUGCAUCCGGCAGGAGCUGGCUGCUCACACACAUCACUUGCAGACUCUUCCAUGGAAAUACUCCCAAAGGCAGACUCUUAACCAGGUAACCCCUGACCCUCUAGUUUAGAGCAUAACCCAAAGCAAGUAAAAACAUUCCUUUCAGUUUUUUAUUUCAUCUUUUUAAAUUUAAACCCAUGCUAGGUCAGCGUGGCUCAGUGUUUGAGCAUCGACCUAUGAACCGGGAGGUCAGGGUUCGAUUCCUGGUCAGGGCACAUGCCCAGGUUGCGGGUUCGAUCCCCAGUAAGGGGGGUGUGCAGGAGGCAGCCAAUCAAUGAUUCUCUCUCAUCAUUGAUGUUCCUAACUCUCUUCCUCUCCUUUCCUCUCAGAAAUCAAUAAAAAUAUUUAUUUUAAAAAUAAAAUAAAA